GUGUUACCUUUGCAUUAGAAAUAGGCUUUAAGGAACUAACAGGUGUCACUGAUCUUUAAACUUUAAACCGGCAUUGCUGUAGGGUUUAGUAGCGUUUAUAUUCUGUUGUUUUUGUAAUAAAUGUUACUUUAAUCAGUAAAUAUGACACGAAUUACAUUUCUGCAUCCUGAUCUUGGAAUUGGUGGAGCAGAGCGGUUAGUGGUUGAUGCUGCAUUAGCUUUAAAAAAGAAUGGUCAUGAAGUUAAUUUUGUGACAACUCAUCACGAUCCAGAGCAUUGUUUUUCUGAAACAAAAGAUGGAACAAUACCUGUAACAGUUGUAGGAGACUGGUUACCCAGACAUAUUUUUGGUAGAUUUUUUGCACUCUUUGCUUAUAUUCGUAUGAUAUAUGCAGCUAGCUACAUUAUUUUCUGCACAAAACGACCUGAUAUUGUGUUUUGUGAUUUAGUUUCUGUAUGUAUUCCUAUUCUUCGAUUAAGAAUUCCAUCUAUAAUAUUUUAUUGUCAUCAUCCAGACCAACUGCUUUCACAGCCAGAAGGCAUUAGUAAACAACUAUAUCGAGCACCUCUUAAUUAUCUAGAAGAAGUGACAACUGGAAUGGCACAUAAAAUAUUUGUAAAUAGCAUAUAUACACGCAAUGUAUUCAAAGAUACCUUUAAAAGAUUACAUGUUGAGCCUGAAGUUUUGUAUCCUUCCAUUAACACAAACUUUUUUGAUAAAACUCGAGUGGUAUCCUUAGAGAGGGUGCUUGAUAAAAAAUUACCAGCAGAUAGUAUCAUAUUAUUGUCAAUUAAUAGAUAUGAACGUAAAAAGAAUUUAGACUUAGCAAUAAAUGCAUUAGCAGAACUUGAGAAGUAUUUAAGUGAGGAAGAAUAUAAAAAAGUAUAUUUAAUUAUGGCUGGUGGAUAUGAUAAAAGAGUUGAAGAAAAUGUAGAAUAUUAUUUAGAAUUAAUGGGACUAGCUGAUGAAUUAAAUGUUUCGGAUAAAAUGAUAUUUCUUCGUUCACCUUCAGAUAUUGAUAAAGUAUCUGUUUUACAGCAUUGUACAAUUUUAUUAUAUACACCUCCAAAUGAACAUUUUGGUAUUGUUCCACUUGAAGCAAUGUAUUCGGAAAAACCAGUAAUUGCACAUAACUCUGGGGGUCCAAAAGAAUCGAUAAUUUCCGGGGUAAACGGUUAUUUAGUUGAUUUAUCCGGUGACGCGUUUGCUUCAAAAAUAGCUGAUUUGAUUAAAAAUCCAAUAAAUGUUAAAGAGUUUGGUAAGGCAGGCAAAGAUAGAUUUAUGAAAACUUUCAGUUUUUCUGCAUUCAGUGCCCAAUUAAACCAGGCAGUCGAAAAUUUAAUUAAUAGCGAUAAAAAAGAAUAACAUUGUCGAAUUUAAAUCUGUUAUUUUUAUACAUUAUGGAUAAAAUUUUUGACUGUUACAUUUUAAUUACAGUUUUUAUGUUUAAAAUGUAUGGAAAAGUUACAUUGACUAUAAUUCAUUAAUAAAAUACAUUAGCUACUAUAUUUUUUCGAUUGAAAUGUAUACAUGCUAAUUGCAAUGCAAUUGUUA